AUGGGAGCCAUCACAUUUCUGGGAAGGCAACUGUGGAGCACAUUUAUCGUUGAAGCAGCCACGUCCCCACAGUACUUUCGGGUUGUACCUGCCACCGCAGGCCAAGGAGUGUGGAGCCCAGUGCCAGAAGGCUGUAGAUCAGCAUCACAAGACGGAUCUGGACACUGCGGCUAUCUGCGAGGCACGCUCCCAUUUCAAGGAAGGAAUAGCUCCGGCUUCGCCACAAACGAAAGCACAACUUGGCAGAAUAUAGACAUCUACACACUCGAUGCUCAGCAAGCCAAAUUGGGAUACGAAGGUAAUGGACUCUUUGGACUAGAAACUGUCGGUCUGUUCACUACCAGUGGCAAGGACACAACCCAACUACCAGCCCAAGUCGUUGCGGGCAUUGCAGACCCCUUUUGGUGGCUCGGACUGAUGGGACUUGGGCGUAAGCCCAGCAACUUUGCGACCUUCAACGAUCCGAUUCCAAGGUUGUGGUUUCCAAGCGCACUGGCGAACGAAACGAACCCGCAAAUAUCCAGCUUAUCAUGGGCGUAUACAGCUGGAGCAUCUUACCGAAACCGCAGCCCUGGAUCUCUGACCUUCGGCGGCUACGAUGCAAACCGAAUGACCACAAGCAUAUCCCUCGAGAUGGGCCCGGACAAUUCCAGACCACUGCUCGUAGGAAUGCAAAAGAUCACAGCCGAGAACACACAAGACGGUACUGUCAACUUACUCCCAACUGGUACUCUCCACUUCGUAGACUCCACCCUUCCACACAUCUGGCUACCCAACGACGCCAUCGAUGCAUUCGUCUCAGCGUUCGGACUAUCCUACGACAAUACAACAGAUCUCUACUUAAUCAACGAAACCAUGCGUGCUCGCAAUCUUCAAUUAAGCCCAGCGAUUACCUUCACCUUCGGGAAAAGUGCCAGAGAAGAUGGCUCAGAAACAACAAAUAUCGUAUUGCCAUAUGCAGCUUUCGAUAUGAAUGCUUCAUAUCCAUUCUAUCAGACAGAGACACCAUAUUUUCCAAUUAGGAGAGCUUCGAACGAUAGUCAGUACACUAUUGGCCGGACAUUGUUUCAGGAGGCGUAUGUGGUUGCGGAUUUUGAGCGGAGUAACUUUUCGAUUGGGCAGGCGAAUUUUGAUAAUUUGGGGACCAAAGCUAUUAGAGCCAUCGAAAGGCCAGUCGCUGCCGAGAGCAAUAGCACAGUGGAAGAUCAAGAUCAGUCAUCGGCACUGAGUGGCGGCGCGAUCGGUGGAAUCGUAGCCGGCGCCCUAGUGGGUGCAUUACUCAUCGCAGCUAUCUGCUGGGCUCUCUUGCGUCGUCGAAGGAAGAAGAAGCAAUACAAAGCUGUUGAUACAGCUACCACCAAAGGCGAUUCUGCUUGGGCUGAGAACGAUGCAAAAGUCGACACUUUCAACCAUCAACCUAUAGCUGAGCCCGAGGAACUGUACGGACAGCGGGACCCAACAGAAUUACACGCAACGACGAGCAAGUGGGGUGUUUAUGGUGUGCAGGAAAUGCCUGCUCCGGGCGCUGGGGCAUACGAUGGAGCGGCAGAGCUCAAUACGCCUCCGAUUGGACAUGAGAGUGGUCGAUUGGCAGAGGUUAAUGGCAGUGAGCCUGCAAGAUUUGAGAUGGGAAGUGAUGGUACUCAUAGACCAGGAUAG